GACUCUACCCAAGCGACGCAAUGGCAGAACUCUCUCACGCCGGAAGUUGACAGGCUGAUCGUGAUUCAUGACACACGAAAGUCACCGGUAAAUAAAGGCAGUGAGACCUAAGAUAGGACGUCCUGUAAUGCUAUUAGACAGCUAAAUAUAAACACGAGUUAAAGGCAGCUGAUUCACUUUUAUUGUUACAACAGCCCAGUCUUUACUGCUGCGGCAGUAGUUUGUUAGGGCGCUAACUGACGAAAGCAUUUUGCAGCUAACCGUCAACCACCCGUCAUUUAUUGACCUCUGGAUACAGAACUGGUUUCUGUCCAGCUUUUACAUCAUUUUGGGAACAGUUUACAGAUGGCACGGAGUCUAGGACGAAUAUUCAGGGGCUUUCAGAGCCUCGGUUCACUCGCAUUCAUGAAGUCGGAACUCAACAAUCCUUCUGCCAACCUUUCAUUGAAGAGCAUGGUGCAAGAGCUUCCAUCACUCUUUUCCUCCAACCCCCGGGACUUCAGCCUUCCUAACUCCUCGUGGGGCACAGAAAUGAGGCAGUUGUAUGAACAUUAUAACAGCCAGUGUGAGGCGGUGACAGAUGGAGGAGAGGAACAAGGAGGACUGUGGAAGAGACUGCCAAGCUACAAUCGUUCUCUCAAGUAUGCUGCAGCUGGAGUCUACCUCAGCAAGAUAAUCCAGUCAAAAGCUCGUCUUUUUACCCGCAACAUCAGAGAACCAGGGGCAGCAUUUGAGUACGCUGUCUUUGUUAACAAAAAGGAACAAAGGUGUGUGUGCAUUUUCCAGGCUGGACACCUGCUGGAGGGGCCGCCAGGAAAUGUCCACGGGGGGGCAAUAGCCACUAUGAUUGAUACCGUGACAGGAACUCAUGCUUGUGUGCACUCUGGAUUUGUUAUGACUGCCAACCUCAACAUCAACUACUGCAGCCCCAUCCCACUGGGAAGUACAGUGUUGAUUGAAUCCUCUGUGGAUAAGAAGGAAGGCAGAAAAACAUAUAUUUCAUGUAAAGUGACCAGCACUGACGGCACCAAACUGCACACAGAAGCAACAGCACUGUUUGUGUCAGUCAGCGUCAGCCAUCUACUGAAAGGGUGACACGAACACGCCAGCCAGCCGUCUACUCCAGCACUUCGAGAAAGCAAACACCAGAACGAAUGUGUAUGAGUGUGUGUGUUUCUGUCUGUGUGUGUUUAAGUGGGCCAUUAGUUUGGAGUAAUUUUUUUUAGAAGGAUUACAUAUUUUGCAGGAGAUAUAAGGAAACCGUUAUAUAUGAGAAUAUUGACCUUUUAUUAUAUGCUAAUAUGCUACAACUAACAUGAUCAAGUACUUUGCUCUACUUGACUACCUCUGCUUCAUGUUAAUAGCUCAUUACUAACUAAUGCCUAAGAGUUAUUUAUCAUAACUUUGGCAGUAUUGAUGGUUUUAUUUAAAAGUGGGGCCUUUAAGAACAAAAUUGACCUAAAUGUACUAUUCAUCUAUAAUUUCACAUUUUCUCCAAUAAAGCCUUACCUAAUGGUAUUGUGUUGCUCUUACAAGUGUUGUGUUUGUCUGUUUGUCAGCAAGUUAAAUGAACUGCCACAAGAAAUA